CAGUUAACCUAACCUGCAUGUCUUUGGACUGUGGGGGAAACCGGAGCACCCGGAGGAAACCCACACGGACACGGGGAGAACAUGCAAACUCCACACAGAAAGGCCCUCGCCGGCCACGGGGCUCGAACCCAGGACCUUCUUGCUGUGAGGCGACAGCGCUAACCACUACACCACCGUGCCGCCCUGCCCUAAAAAUGACAAGUAUUAAAUCUGUGUAGUAGGCUCGCAGAGACGAGAGUCUUUACAUCAGGCAUAACACACAAUGGCAUGUUAAUAUGGUAAACUAUAUCAUGACCUGCUCUGGCUGGAUGCUUGAUUGGGUGAUGGGAGCACACUCCUCAGCAAUGAUGAGAUGCAGAUGGGACCCUUAGGGCUGGCCAAGACAAUUCAGUUACAUUUCACCGGGUCUGGGACAUGCGACAGAAUGUCUGACGGCCGAUUCAGGAUGGAUGACUUCUAGACAGUGUCGAAGACUUGCCUAUGAAACAGCUGAUACCAGCAAUCUAUGAAUGCCUAGAUCAUGGCAUGGGAAUAAAAUGGCAGGUCGUGAUUGGUUCACCUCCUUCUUACAGAGGCAUCCUCAACUAUCCAUCAGGAAUCCAGAAGCCACACCAUUAGCCAGGGACACUGCAUUCAACCACCACACUGUGGGUGAAUUUUUCAAUGCGCUAGAAAGUGCUUUACGCAAAAGUGGUGCUCCAGACAGGCUCAUUGUAAAUCUUGAUGAAACAGACUUCACCACUGUCCAGGUGUGUCCUGAAGUGGUUGCUGGAAAAGGAAUGAGACAGAUGACAUCAAGUGAGAAGGGAGAGUUGGUAACAAUGUGUGCAUGUAUAACUGCUGCAGGUACAGCCCUUCCACCUGUAUUUAAUUUUCCUAGAAAGCACUUCAAAGCUGUCAUGCUUCUUGGAGCUCCAGAGAGCUCUCUCGGACUGGCACAUGGCUCAGGAUGGAUGACAAGUGAAAAUUUUCUGAAAGUCUUACAGCAUGUUGUUCUGCACACAGAUGCAUCACUGGAAAACCCUCUUGUGCUAACUAUGGAUAACCAUGACAGUCAUUUAUCUUAUGCAGCAAUGCAGUACGUCAAAACAAACGGCAUACACAUAGUCACCCUUCCACCUCAUACAAGUCAAAAGACUCAACCUCUUGAUCGCACAGUAUUUGGACCCAUGAAGGCUUACUACAACCAAGCUGCAAAUUCAUGGAUGCUGAGGAAUCCAGGAAGGACACUUUCUAUUUAUGAUGUAGCAUCACUCAUCAAUGAGGCCUUUAUCAAAGCUAUGACUCCGUCUAAUAUCAUGGCAGGCUUUAAAGCCUCUGGAAUUUGGCCUUUUGACUGCAGCGUUUUCAACGAUGAUGCAUUUCUUCCUUCUGAAGUCACAAAUCAGUCCCUUCCUGUCCAGGAUCAUGAAAAUACAGCUAGUGCUAAUGUUGUUGAACAAUCUGUUACACUUCUGAUUACAUCUGAUGGCCAAUCACAUGAACUGCCAUUGAAUGUAACAAGUGAUGGUGAUCCAAGUCAUUCAGAGUCUGGACCAGCAUCAGAAGCCAGAGCAUGUCAAACAUUGGUGUCUCCUGAGCACAUUCAUGGAUACCGCAAGGCCACAAAACGACUUGAAAGUACACGAGGCAGAAAAAGAACAGCAUCUUAUGCAACGAGUUCACCAAAGAUGAAAAAAAAUGGAGCUCAAAGAAAAACAGCUGCAGGAGAAAAGACAAAAAUCUGCAAAAAAGGCCCAAAAGAAUCUCUUCCAGAAAGCGAUCUCACAGGAUGGAUCGUCCAGUGAGGAAGAUGAAAUGGAACUGGAUGACGGUGAUGAGUCAAAGAGCUCUGAAACGGAUGCUCAGAUGAUUGUACUCGAUAGUGUACAGUAGAUGACUAUGGGGCACUUGCAUGUGACGUCACAGCCGAUCCAGAUUGUGACAGACGCCAUCUUGUCGGUCAAACGCCAUAUUUCCGCCUUCUACUUCUACUUCUGGUUCUACUUCUACCUUUUCUUCUGGAAAACCCUACUAUAUACAAUUCUACUACAACGGCUGCGGCUACAAGCUCUCCCUACCUGUGCACGUUUUUUAUGUUUUUUGUGUGUAUUUUUGCGUGUUGUUCGUCUGUACCGGACUUCAAUAUCCACUACAACCGUAUGGACUUACUGGACAUUGGUUUCCAGCAGAAAAUGACGGUUUGUAGCGAUUUCCAUCGCAUGCACAACAUUCCGGACGAGAAAAAAAAAAUUCCGGACGAGAUAGCGAGACCGGCAGGGUCUCCAUGGAUUGUUAUUGGAAGCAAAGUUAAGGAGGCGGCGCCGGGAGAGGAAGCAAAAGCGAGGCUGCAGAGCCGGCCUGUUGACUAAGCUCAGAAAACAGCCACUCAAAUCUCCACUGCUAAGCCUCUACCUCUCCAACGCCAGGUAAACAAGAUGGACGAUUUGGAAUUACAGCUGGAAUUACCUUAUUCUAUUCUAUAAUCGGCUGGUCAGGGCUAUACUCAAUACUUAAGUGACUUACCCAUCCAGUGAGGAUCAUUUUCUUGUUUACAAGAUGCCACAUCUGAGUCGCUGACAAAUCCUGAAUUUCUGUAAAGAUAACUGUCCAGAGAUUUAUAAGCACGCAGUGCUUCACCACUGAACAGCGAGGGAAAGUUAAUGAGGUAAUUAUACACGUCCGGGUAUUCCACCUCUGGCAGUUCCAUAUCCACUGACACGGUCGUGAAAACUCCGUCCGGAAAGCCAUAAGGGUCACUAAUCUGUAGAUCGUUUAUUUUAGACAUAUAUCUAGUUAUCUGUUCAUUAGAAAAAUGAGCCGUGUAGUCCGUCGGUUGAAAUUGAUCCAUUCUGUACACGAGUGCAGCAAUAUUCAGCUGUGCUGUUGACCGACAAGAUGGCGGCUGUGUACUUUCCGGUCACGUGACUGCAAGAUCUAUAUAGAGGGCUACCGCAUGACGUCACCGCGCCGCGAGAUUUUGUUAGGCGCCAUAUUGGAAGACCAAGUACAUGCACUCACAAUAUAAAACAAAGUAUGAGCGAGAGUAAAGUGACACGAUGGAUGAUAAUUCUGGUUAUGUGAGUACAUUACCAGCUGCAGAAAGGGCACGGUAUGUGGAGAAACUGGCUGUGAUUGAUGGGUUUGACCCAUAUGAUAAGACUCGCGGCAAGGGAGAAUGGAAACAUAAGGAGGACCGGACACCAAUUCUGCCAUCUGUUUGCUACCCAGACAUUGUAAACUAUUUGUUGUUUACACCCAGUGGCUACACUGCUGAUGACUUGAAAGCCUACAAAGGGCUACAGGCUUACAAUUAUGUUGUUAGUGGCUUGGUUCGUGAUAUUACAGCUGUUGUUAAGAAUAACCUACACAUAGUUAUGGCCAAGGUAAUCUUGUUGAUAUUUAUCUUUUAAUAAUAUAUCUUUUCAGAUGAAAAUUAAUACUUUUUGUUACUAUUAAGGUAUCCAUAAUUUAGGUUAAUUUAUCCAAAUUAUACAUAUGUAUUUAUGAUAUAUGCCUACACAACAACUAUGCUUUAUUUAUAUAAUAGGAGGGAGAGCAAGCCCCAAACCAUCCUAAAUUAUUAUUAUUAUUAUUAUUAUUAAAUUGUAGAAGUCUGGGAGGCUUGCUCCUCAUACAGUUAUCAACUUGGGGCCACUUUAGCAUGUUUUAAAUCUGAAUUUCUUGCGUUUGCUUACCUCAAAGUGUCCGCAGAUCAUGCACAGACUUAUCCAUUAUAUCCACAGUUUUUUGCCAAGUCUCACACAGGUUUCUUUCAAGUCUACUGUUGGGCCAAUAAAUCAUAAAUGAAACAGCUCAGAUUUGUUUGUUUAAGUCGUUUGCCACCCCACUUUAUUCUCGUGGGUUCACAUACCGCUGCCGUUAUUUCCCCCUAAUCACGAGUUUGUUGGUCUUCCAAAAUGGCGCAGGGUCUGUUUACUUCCGGUUUCGGGUGACGUCAGUGAAAUCCCUCUAUACUAAAGUCCAAGAAGGUGUUUUUGUCCUUGUUGAAUUCACUACCAAGAAAACUAAAUUCUAUUAUGUUGGGAGAAUUCUCAAAAUGGACACUGAUAGUUGUGAAGUAGACUUUUUCAGGAAACAGUCAGAUAAGUUUGUGAAGCCAAUAGUAAGAGAUAUAGCAACUGUUGACCUUGAACAGCUGAAGACAAUACUGCCAAAGCCUUCAGAAACGGGCACAACAAAUCGUACUAAAGGUACCUAUACUUUUAAUGUCAGCUUUGAGGGUUUAAAUGUGCGUUAAAGCUGUCAGGAAUGCAUUGAUGCCUUGAAAACUGAAUUUAUCCUUUGCAUAUUGAAGGUUUAUUUUGUAGAACUUUUUAGCCUGGUAUAAAAUAUUGCACUACUUGGUCACUGGAAGUUCAAGUUCAACUUUCCAAGGCAUUAUAUUGUAAACAAACACUACGUUCAGACUGCAACCUGAAACGACCCAUAUCCGAUUUGUUGUGAAAUCCGAUUUUUUUGUUAGGCCGUUCACAUUACCAAUUAUAUGAGACUUGUAUGCGAUCUCCAAUAUGAACGGAAAACGACCCAAAAGUGUCCCGCAUGCGCAAAUUGACACGUAAUAAGCACAUCUACGUAAUACGUAAGGUCGUAAUGUGGACAUGUCACACGACGCCGGCCGCUUCUUUUGUUGGCAUCCUUAGCUUCUUUAUAUUUAGCACGAAGGCUCUUCACCUUUCGCUGGCACUGAAGCCAGGACCUCGUGUACCCGUGCUCGGCCAGUGCUUUCGCUAUUGUUUCAAAAACAGCGCGAUUUCGGUAUGACCCCUCCAAUUUCGCCUGCAUAGCUUUAUCCCCCCAAAUGUUAAGUAAUUCAAGCACCUCACAGUCCCUCCAUUGGGUGCCCUUGGAGGUUUCUGCAGCAUCUCCAUGGCCGCCUGCCGAGUUGUUGUCCGCCAUUGUUGUUGUUUUCCACCAAAGAGGCGAGAUUAGCCAACGCAGAAUAGUGACGUUUGUCUCUUGUUGAUGACGUGUAGGUCGCAUGAAUGCGACCUGUCCAGUCAGACUGCAGUCGCAUGUGAAAAUAACGGAUAUGCAUCGGAAUUAGGACCACAUAUCCAAGCGGCCUGGGUCGCAUGUGAAAAAAAUCGGAUCUGUGUCGUUCAGAUUGUCAAUAACAAAUCGGAUACGGGUCGCAUAUGGGCAAAAAAAAUCGGAUAUGGGUCGUUUCAGGGUGCAGUCUGAACGUAGUCAAAGAGCUGUCAAACUAUGCAUGCACUUUCAUUUGUUCAUUCUUUUUGUGUGUAGUGUUGAUCUGUUUAUGUACCUUAAACGUCAUCUGUAUUA